CAGUAUUCCUUGAAGUGCCAGAGACGUUAAUGCUGAGUAUGGUAUGGCAGAUUUUACGACCAGUAAUUUGGAUGGAAUAUCACAGCCCAAGUUUAUCAAGUGAAAGAAGAUGUGGUUUUUAUGAUUUAACGAUAUAUCAAGUGGUUCGACAUGAGAAAGUGACUUUGAUAAAUUAAGGGAUUUAUCUGUUCAUGAGUUAAUGAAAAUAUCAGGUUCGAUUCAAUAUACAGUACGAAUUUAUUACAUUUACCGAUCUAAUCAGAUACUGCACACAUGGAAAAACAAUUAAUCAAAAACACUCGAUUGAAAUUUGGAUAUAUUGAUGUGAUCGUAUCUAUGGUACCGCUUAAUAUUCUUUGAUGUAGCUUUUUACAAAAACACGUUCCUGCUAGUCUACGAUCAGGAAAUACAUCUGGUAUUUUUUGCCUAUGUAUUGCCGGUAAGGCGGAAACAUGUUGAAUUAAUUGGUACAAGAUUGAUGUUUUUUAUCAAUGUCAAUUUAAUUGCAUAUAUCCGAACAUUUCUACUGGAAUAACUCUCGUGGAAAUAAAUUAGAUAUGAUAAAUUGAAACACUAAUGGAAACAUGAAGUAAGAUAUGAUUAUGCUCUGGUUUAGAUCAGCAGUCUUAUACAAUUUUGAACGUUACAUAGAGUAUUCCGCUUUAGGGUAUCAUUUCAUUAAGUGCACUAUGGACACCAUUUAGUUUGUUUUUUGGAACAUUUUUAGUGCAAUAUCAGGUUUGACUGUGAAACUGUUUUGUAUUGAUAUCACAAGAAAUUAAUUCAAUGGAUGUUAUUGUCUUGGUUUUCGAAACGUUUACUUAGUAAACAAGCUACAGAUAUAUUUAUGUAAACUUUCAAUCUUGCAGAAGAUGAAAAAAGACGAAAUGAAUUUAUAAUUUACUUAUAAUUGUCUGAACUACAGUUUGUUGGCGGCGGAUAAACACUUCUAUUAACCACCUCCAGUUUAAAGAGAUUAUAUAUCUUCUUCCGUGAUUUUAGCGGGAAUAAAACAUAAACUAAGGCAAAAAGAAAGACAUAGCUUGCUAUUAAUGAUGUAAAUCGAACAGUAGUUGGUUAUUACUUGCUAAUGAUAUCUAAGAAAGUCUGAGAGUAUAAUAAUUUACAGUUUCAAGCUCUAGACUGCAAGUGAAUUUCUCAUCUCCCGAUGAUAUUGCUUUUCAGGGGAGGUCGUUAACAAAAUGUUUAGUGUAUUUCCGCGAUUUCAAUGAAAGAAGACAAAUACUAUCAAAUGUAAAUGAAGGAAUAGGAUCGUUUUGCUAGCGGAUAUACAUCUUAAAAGAAAUUCAUGCUUGUUUUGACGCGGCUGGAUAUAUUGUUUGAGUUUAUCUAAUUAAAAGAAAAGCAAUUGAAACGUGGCUUUCAAAGUACUGCUUACAUUGAACGAUAUUUAAAGCGAAGCUACGAAUAGUAAGAAUAAUCAUCUUUGUGACAAAUACCCUUAUCGGCUCUCUAGGAAGAACGGAUGCAGGAUUAUUGCUGUUGUGAAACGUUCCAUGUGUAAUACGAAUAAAUCAUUCUGACUGAACGGAAUUAGACCAAUUUCUUCAAAGAAUAUGAAGUUAAAAUUAAGAGAAAGAUAAAAUAAAGAGGAAUUAAAGCAAGCAAUGAUUUGGAACUUCUUUACUGAUUAGAUCUGGAUUUCAAGUCCCAGACACACACGCAUUGAGAUCAUUGGAAGGAUAUUUAUCUUAGCUGCUUAAAACUGAACGAUGCGUUACUUUAUAAAAGUGUUUGGAUUAUUUGUACUGGAUUUAAUACGGAUUAUUAUUGGAGAUUCGACACGUCCACUGUACCACAUCAAUACGUGUGAUGAAACUGGUCGCAAAGCUCUGUUUUGUGAAGAAGGCGAGGUUAUAAAGAUUGUUGAUGUGAGGCUUAUGCCUCAUAACUAUUCCAGUCAGAAGCGUGAUGUUGUAGCGAGCCUUUGUAAUGGCCUUAACUCGUGUUCCUUUGUUGAUCUCAGAAAACAAUUGUUCUAUUAUUGUCGGAAUUAUCCAGACCAGCAAGUCUACACUUCGUUUGAAUGUAUUCCAGCCAGUGUGAAACCGGUGUGUCGUACAAACAUCUGUAGCACGGAUAACCCAACAAUCAAGUGUCGCCGUGGCAACGUUUUUCAUCUUAUAGGGACCAAAUGUUUCAGCAUGAUACAGGAUUGCCCUCCAGAAGUAUAUACUCGGAUAUAUAGAUCAUGUGAAGGCCAAAGACAGUGUCAGCUCUCGGUUUUGAGGGCAGGGAUUCCAGAAAGUAUAUGUAAUGACAGUCUGUUUCGGCAACAGAAUCUGUUCAUGGAUUAUGUAUGUGUUGAUAAAAGUGUGAUAACAUCAACAUGCACUGGUCAGUUCAUUGACCAAAAGCCUCGGUUUGGUAUUCUACAAAAUCACGGAUAUCCAAACAAUCCUACAGGUAACGAUAAAGGAUGUUACUGGGUUAUCUACCGUGAUAAGAAUACUUACGAAGAAAUUGAAGUGAUAGUGCAUGAGGCAUAUUCUGUUGAAGGCCAGCAUCUGUGUGAUUCACAGUUUCUACAGGUACAAUACACCUUAUGCGAAACGCACCAGCAGACAAUGGACAGAUUCUGUGAUAAAGGUCGUGUAAAUGUUAGGAUAAGAUCAUGCGGCACAGUGUAUGUUACACAUUAUACAUUCCUUAAAGGGGAAGACAGGGGAAAUCGCUUUCUGUUGUCAUAUUCUGUAAAGUCACCCUCUACAACUUCGGAACCGUAUGAAAAAUAUGCCUCACAGUGUGAAAAGCGUAACCCUGCAAUAUUUACCGUACGUUAUACACUUCCGCAACCUGAAACAACAACAACAACCACACCUACUCCAUACGUCAAGCCAACCAAAGGUCGUGUAAUGCUUCCCGAGGACCAACCAAUCAACGAUAGCAGUGUUGGGGACCCGGAAGUUGAGCCAACAGAAGAAGUAAAGGACGAAGAUGACAAGGACUCAUUUGACCCUUGGCGUAUGGUUACACUUCUGCGCGUUGUGGUCGUUAAUAUAUUUCUCGGUUUGCUGAUAGUUGCCUUAAUCAUGGCUCUUACGUUCGUUUGUUACAGAUCACAUUUCAGAUAUAUAACUAUCGGAAGGGAAAAGAAGCGUGAAACAGCUAAAAAGAGUGAAACAGCAACGACUCUAGACGACAAACAGAGUACGGAGAUGCAACUUUUACCUCAAGAUGGUGACGUGGUGGCAUCUUCAUCCAACAGGCAAACCAACAGAUCUCAUGAAAGUCUAAGUUCAGAUGACAGACAAGAUCCCGCUACUUACGAAACAACGAUAUUUCACUUUAAUAGACCUAAUGUAGAUACUGAUGAUGAAACUAUGUUUUGUGAUGCGGGUACAGGUGUUUCGUCUUUCUUACCUCAUCCGCCUUUAAGGCGGAGUAAUGGUAAACAACAAAAUGCUGAAUCAGCGUAUUCAAGUCUUGAUGAGCAAGAAGACAUAGCAGAUUAUUCUCAAAUCCAUGACCAGCAACAAACUGAAACUCAAACAUUUCCAAAUAAAAAUAUAUCAAAUGAGAAAAAUGCUCAACUUAUAAAACAAAUUUCAAUCGACGACGAGCGUCGCCAAAUAACUGAUAUGCCUUUACAAAACUUAUCACAUCAUUUAAAUAUAAAUGAAGAUAACUAUGCCGUUGUGAAAAAAGUUCCUGGUCAACGAAAUCACAAUAGGUCACCAGAUCAAACUGAUAAUUAUCAAACUGUUAUCGACAAUAGUAAGGAAAGUCAACUUGCUCGUCAUAUCCACGCCGUGCCUGAAGAUAUUUGUUCUCGUGAUCACUCGACGCCAACCACAAUGCAACUAAUACCGGAACAUGACUGUCUGUUACAUAAAUUACCUCCUCCCCCACCACCACCUGCUCGAUUGCCUGGCUGGGAUUCGCCAGCCAGAAGCAGUUAUUCAUCAGUUCAAGCAGAUGUAUAGCGGAAAAAUGAUAACAGCCACCUGUCAAUGACAAGCAUCUGUGAAAAAGUAUAAAUUUUUGAAGUACAGUCUUGGGAAAAAGACCAAUUAUGUUAUGCCUAUAUAUAUAUAUAUAUAUAUAUAUAUAUAUAUAUAUAUAUUGCGUUUUGGCUAUGAUACUCCUUAUCUAUUUCGAAAUAAACUGUACACUGACCAUUUCCUUAAUAAUAGUAUCUAAUUAAGAAAAAACGAAAAUUGAAGAAUAACUUUAUACUGUGUGUUUAAUACAAAUGUAUAUAUCGUGUUACUGAAUAAUGAUUCGCUAUCAAAGCAAAUGAAAACAGUAUUACUUGAAUAACCCAGCAGAAAACUUAAGAAAACUUAUAUAUAUUGUUUACGCCCCCACAUAUAAUACCCAAUUUCUGUGUCUAUAUUCAAUAAUACCGUCAUAACAAAAUGAUCUCGCUUAGCUAUCACACAACAAUGGUUGAUUAUGAAGCCCGUCUACAUUUUCUAUUUUACCAGAAAUGUCAGUGUUUUAUAGGCUUGUAUAUGUCAGCUGUGUUUGUAAAUUAUGUUAUUAACUCCUAACGUUUAGAAAACUUCACGUGAUCGUGCAUUUGGAAUCUACCAAAUAGCAGUACGAAAAUAAUUCACCUUUCUCCUAAAAACUGUCUCGUAGAGCAUGGAUUCCUCAUUAAACUGUCUUAGGAGUCCAUGUUAUACAUACCAUUAUACUUUUGCAAAACGCAUCGACACUGGUGUUUCAGCGUCAGAAAGACAAGUUGAUAAUAACAUCAUUAUGUAAUUAGACAAUAUAAUUAAACACUGUUGCUGUUUAAUGGUUAAGUUACCUUAGAUUACUUACAAAAAUGUACAUACGUUAUUGAUAUGACAUAUUAACGAUUCGCUUCUUCCAACCAAGAGCUUGAAUGUACGAAUUAUAAAAAUAAUAGAAAGCUGUUUUCGAUGUCCUGAAUGGUAUAUCCCUAUUCAGAUAACAUUACAAAACAAUGAUAAAUACAUUUGUUUUUAAAAGAAAUGUAAAACGAAUCUAUUUUCAAAGUAAAUGUUCGAUUUUUGUAGAUUUACUGCUUGUAAAAGCUGGCAGUGGUGUGCAGUAUAUUUUGAAAUAAUUCUGGUGUAUACUUUAUAAUUAUAUUGAAACACUUGUGUAUUUUAUGAUUAUAUCGAAACGCAUCUGUGUUUGUCGGUCAACAAAUUUAACAAGAUGCUUUACAGCCACCCAUAACCUCGUGGCACCAGUCGUUACUUUCUUCAAGAAGCUGAAUAUUUGUAAGCUUAUGUAUAGCCGACAACGGCAACCCGUAUACAAAAUGUAAUAGUUUUUCUUCUAUAGAACUAUAAGACAAACAUCUGCAUUAUCUAAUUGAUUAAUUAUGCGAAACAUACAUACUAGUGAAUGAUCUUUAUAUAGUACAUCAUUAUAUUGGAAUGCACAAAUACAUAUGAAUAAGGAAGGGGGUUUCAAAUUAAAAAUCGAACGCUGUAAUGACAUGAUCAUAAUGACAGCUACGUCUAGCGACUUUACAGACAUUUACCGAAACAAUUAUACUAACUUAAGCAAUUUCUGUAACGCUACAGUCACACAUACGGAUAUGUCCGUGCGUUGAGGUACGGUGCGGACAGGAUUAGUCUGUGGGUGUAUAACUACGGAGAAGUACGUCCUUGUACGGGAAAAAUGGUGAGAAACAGGAAACAAACAAAACAAUACAGGACGCGAAUAAGUACGGAUAGGUACGAGGUACUACGUUGAAUUACGUUUUACUGCGCCUUGCAACUUGCCCAGCGCACGGACGGGUCUGCGGUAAACUACGUUGAACUAUGCUAAAGUACGAGCAGCCUCGGAUAACUACGUUCGCUACGGCAAGGUACGUAACAGCACGGAUAAGUACGUUUAAGUAGGUUUAACUACGGAUGAAUAAGUUUCAGCCAAAUUGGACUAAAGUCACGCUCAAAUUGCUACGGUUGGGUCAAACUUCUGUGCAUGUUCAAAAGUUGGAGAAACUUGCAAGUUUGGAAUAAGUUUUGAAUACGUUUUGACCACAUUUUGGUACGGAUUAAUACGAAUGACUACUCUGAGGUACGGGACAGGUACGGAUUACUACGUUUCUGUCCGUAGCUAGACGUAGCUAUCCGCGCCGUAUGUGUGACGGGGGUAUAAGAUAAAAUAUUAUCCCAAAAGGCGCUCAUAAGUUUGAAAAUAGAUAUACACAAAGCGAGCAUACAAUAUUGAUUUAUUCGUUUAGAUAUGUUGGGGAAAAAUGCAUACGAGUGUACAGGGGAGUGAUAAACAAUGAAGUUUUACACUGCUGUAAACAAUUGAACAACUGCAAUAAAUUUUCAUAUAUGCCACUGUUCAGUCUAAUUUAAAAAAAUAUCAAAACACUUCAGCGAUACAUCGCGCAACAGAUGUCUGAUUAAACUGCUGACAGAUGAAGCGGACGCGUUUCGUUGUACAUGGUGUUUCCGGCAAGUAGGCGUAAGAUCAAAUACAAUAUAUAGGUUUCGAUGACAACAGUUGAAAUGCGGAUAUAUAUAAAAUUAUAUCCGGAGAAUUGGAGAAAACAUUAAUGAUAUUAUAAUACUAUACAGUUUGCAACAUUGUUUACUUUUAUGUAACGUUGACAGAUCUGCUAAGGUAAAUAUUCUGAAGAUAUUGAUAAAAUUUGAACACAAUCACCAGCGAUGUUCUCUGUCACGAAAUAAUUAUUCUAGCUAUUCUUUUAAUGAAAUUCUUCAUGAAAUGCCUAAAGGUUUGAUGUUCGCAUAGUUGCGAUAAAGAAGAAACCUCCCCGGUAUAUGUGUUCAAAUAUGGCGGUUGAAAAAAUAACAUUGAACUGCAUUAAAAAAAAAAUAUACCUACAUUUUUUGUUAAACUGUAGUGGAAAUGGUAGUGUUUUGAACAUACAUAAUAUGGAAAUAAGUAUUAUACUUCUCAUUAUUUCAGCAUAUUGUACGUUGACUAGAAGGUAUUUAUUUCAAUGCAAAAUCAAAAUGUUUUUCACUUGAACACCAAAUGCAAUGCUUUCUUGAGUAGCAUAGCGAAUCUCAAUUUUUAUGUCAGAUCUGGUGUUCACGAUUGAAUAUUUAAAAUCUGGUGAUCACAAGUAAGUAUGUAAGACCUUGUGUUCACGAGUGAAAAUUGAUUGAGCUUAUGUGUAAAAAAACAUAUUUUCUAUUUAUUACAUGUUUUUUCCAAACUUUGUACAGGUGGUAUUUUUCACCUUAAGAAGAUAUUAAAAUCCCAAGUGACAAAUGUACGUAAUAUAUUUCACUUUGAAAAUAUCAUACAUAUUUCGCUCCAAUAUUUCAGUCUCACUGAAAAACAUACAUUGUAUAAUAAAAAGUAAUUUACAUAUUUUUCAUCAAUAUGCGUUACUGUGAUAAGAUAAAAGUUUACAUUUAUUCAAUUUUGGAAGUAUUCAAACCAUAUAAUUCAUUGUAUAUUAAGUGUAUUGAAUGUGACAAAAUGUAUGAGUGGGUGAACUGUUUUGUAAUCGAUUAUCAUCUUCUGCGAUGAUUGAUAAUGGAACAUGUCACAUCAUGUAUUUAAGUUGUAACACUAAAAGAAGUCGGUCAAUAUACAGAAAGACGAAAACAUGUUCAAAAACAAUCUCUGUUUUAAAGAUUAUCGAAUCCGAAUACUAGUUGACAAUUGUCAUAAUAACAAGUCUAUAAAUUUUAUUCUAAACGUCGAUCUUUAAACUGAUGCCAACUUCUUUAUAAUGUCAUUUUUAAUCAAUGAUAUUUAAGGGCGGUUACAUUAAUUUGUCUUGAACAGAACAAAACAAACUUUUCAACUAGUAAACUAAAUAGCGAAAUUAAUGAAUUAUCGCAGAGCGGCUACAAAACGGUAUUGUUUUAAUGUGACAUUACAGAAACAAUGAUGUUACGUAACGGCUACCAUAAAAGUCAUUUUUAUCGUAAAAGCAGUAUAAGUUACCGUUAUUGAAAUGUCUUGCAGAAGACUGAUCUUCUUCAAAGUAUAGUUCGAUGCAUUAGAAAUACAUUUUCAGAUAAGUGGACUGUUUGGAUUGUAAUAUUUAUUUUCCCAUUUUGUUGCUAUUUUUGUAUUUAUUUACUAAUUUCAAUGCCAAAAUGACUAUGUUUUCCUUCUUCCUUCAGUAUAAAAUACGGAUUUCAAAAAAGUAUAAUAUGAAAAAAUCCUUAAUGUACAAAGAUAAAUCCAAACCUUUUUAUCACCGGAUCAUUUAAUCGCACAGAAUGCUAUGAAUAACUGCAGUUUAACAAAUUUGAAUUAACACAGGAAUUCUUGAAUCAUAAUGUUCAUGCACGCUGAGAAGUACUGUUAACAAUACUGUUCACUGCUUACCUAACGCAGUAGACAUGUCAUGCCGCGGACCACAUAUUUUGCAGAAUGUACAUGCUACUUGCAUUUACGUUUUUAUAUGUUUUAUAGACGGUAAAUAAAGAUUCCAUGAACUCAUCGAAUCGCUUUGCUUUAAUUUCUGUUCACAUUUACUGACUCAUGAAAUUAAUUUCGUAUUUCGUUGAACUACGUUUUUAUUCCAUACGCUUGUGUAUGAUACCGAGCAAAUAUUUGAUAUCUAUGUACAAUAGCUAGCUCUAAUAUUUGGGUUAGUUGACAAGAGUAAGUACAAUUUGAAAGGCGAUCUUUUGCAAGCAUUAUAUGUUUUUGUCAUGAGCUUUUUAUCUUAACGUUACCAGCUACUGAACACGUGAAUCUAUCAUCAUGCAUUUUAGAUGUUAACAUUUUGCUCUUUUGUCAGUUUAAACAUAGUUAAAACGAAAGCGCGUCAGUUAACACAAAUGGGACAAUGAACGACGAUACAUGUUUAUUUUAAUCAUCUCUUGCGUAAUAUUAUGCAUUUCUCUUAAAACUGAUGUUAAACAAACAUUUACUAUGGGACAGAGCGCAGCUAUGAAGCUGUUUAACUUUUAUACCAUAUUACGUAAACAAUGAAAACUUACAUUGUAUAUAUCCACUAGCCACGUACAGUCUGGAAUAUGCUAUAUUAGACUAAAAUACGUUAAUCACUUUUACAGAUUUUCAAUUUAUACUGUUAGAUCCGAAAUGCUAUAGACUAUAGAAUUGAAACUUUUUGUUUCCAUAAUUUUUAUUUCACAAAAGUAUAUACAAGCAAGUACAUAGCAUUUCCACACAUAUAUUGAAACAUAUAACAAUGAAUAAAUACAUAUAACAAAUUUCCUUUCUCACAAUACUUUUGUGUUUUAUAGUGAUAAUUGAAUAGGAAGGAAGGAAGGAAGGAAACAAGUGUACUAAGAAGUUGAAGAUAGAAAAAAUAGAGUUUUAUGUAAGGUAUAGUGCAUGGGGAAACAUGUUCAAAUCUUGUUUAAAUGAAUUUAUUCUAUUUUUCAUUGCUAAGAAAACAUGACAUUGCUUUCAUACGUUUACAAAUAUGUGCAUAUUUAUACAUUGUUAAACAUAGAGGUAUCAUAAUAAGGAGUUGUUUUUAAGAGUCAGUGCAUCUCGAUAUUGUUAAACACAAUAUCUGUUGAAACUGUAUGUAUGUGUUUUUUGCGAAAUAUCUACUGGGUCUAUGACAUAUUGUUACAUAUAAAGAUUCUAUGUUUAUACGAAUAAAUGUUACAUCAG